AUGUCCGCCACCGCUGCUGUUGGAGACAUUGCCGGAAUCGCUACUCUCAUAGGCCAAAUAUACAAUGCUAUGGGGAACCAUAUUAUUGAAAAAGAGACACUUAUAAUGCUUCUAAAAGAUUACGAAUACCGGCUAAUAGCAGACCAACCAUAUCUUGCGCGUGGGCUAGAGCUUCGCCACUGCCAACCCCAUGCUAUAAAUCUCUAUGAGAAACUCGUGCUCCUCGGGGAAUGGCUUGCUGCUAAACAUAUCAAACUACGAAAUGCUCAAGGUGGUCUACUUAGUCGCCGGCGGUGGAAAUUCCCUUGGAAGUUUAGUGGGAAGAAGAGGGUCGUUUUCCAGCAGUUCCUUGAUCAAGUUCAACAUGCGUCUGAUAGGGUAACGUUCUCAUGGCUCUGCCAGCUGCUGCGAUAG